AUUGGCUGUGCAGACUUGUCUGUCAGUUGAUUUGAUUCGAUUCGUUUCGUUUUUGUUUGCACCAUGGCCAGACAAGGACAAAAGCUUGUCUGAUUUGCAUGUACGGGGUACCGUAGUGUGUGGUUGGUUACAAAAAUAAAAUAUUUAGAAAAGAACCAGGUUCCUGGUGUCUCAUUCAUCACUGGCGCGAGCUAUCUGGUAGUCUUGCAGAGUCCAUGACGCCCACAUACACUCCAGUCAACUAACUGAUAACAAGAUUCAGGUCUCUCAGAUUGCUGUAAAUAUUAACUGUGGUAUGACUCCAGAUUCACACAGGCUUGUUCGGCAAAACCUGCUCUCAAUUCAGAUGCAACAGCUGUGUCUUCUUCACUAUCACCCAAUCUCACAUACAAUUUGAGCAACAUUCAUCAUGACUUCAAGCAAGGGUCCAAAGAAGGUUGUGAUCAUUGGUGCUGGAGCAGCUGGCAUGUCUUGUGCCGCAACUCUCGCUCAGCAUCCAGACAAGUUCAAGGUCACAGUGCUGGAGAGAUCUGAUGUGCCGGGCGGCCAGGCAACCACAAUUCCUAUCGACAACCAGAAGUUUGGAGCUGGAUGGCUGAACAAUGGUGUGCAAGGAGGUUCCACGAUAUUCAAGCAUACCUUCAACUUCUUCAAAAGGUAUAAGCAUGAGCCUCGAGAAGUGAAGCUGCAAGUAUCCUUUGGUAAGGGUACCGAAGGCUUCUGGACAAACUGUUUUCCCAGCAAGUUGGUCGAGGAACUGUCGAGCGACAUCAAAAAGUUUGGCUGGUUCCUCAAGCUCGUCAAGUACACAAUGCCUGUCCUGGGACUCGUCCCUAUCCACGUCAUGAUGCGCCUCAUGUUCUUCAGCAAGGACUUUGAGCACAAGAUGGUCUACCCCCUGAUCGCCCUGUUCCUCGGUACCGGCAACCAGACUCGCCAUGUUCCCUCUGCCAUCGUGGAACGCCUCUUUGACGACCCAAACAUGAAGCUGUGGGACUUUGACAAGGACACCCUGCUCCCCAACCUGCCCACCAUGGUGACCUUUGACAACCUGUCCGAGUUCUACAAGGACUGGAUGAAAGACCUCGUCUCCAAGGGCGUCGACAUUCGCCUCGGCCACGAAGUCGUCAGGGUGGCAUCCCGUUCCCAUGACGGGGUUGUAAUCGAGUCGCGCGCGGCAGGCAGCGACGGCGAGACGCCGACGCACGAAGUCUUUGACGACAUUGUCUUUUGCACCCUGGCCGACGACACCCUCCGCCUGCUGGGCAAGACGGCAACCAGACGGGAGAAAUUUGUGCUGUCGGGCGCCAAGUUCUACGACGACAUCACCAUCACGCACCACGACCACGCAUACUUCAAGAAGCACUACGAGACAACCUUCCAGGACGACCUGUGCGCUGAGCCAAAGUCCAAGGCCCAGGAGGAGCAGGUGGCCUUUUCCACGGGCAAGGACCCCAAGUCUCCCGCGGGCUUCCGGCCCAUGUACUACACCAAGAGCUACAAAAAGGACCCCACCAAGAUCGAGAUGUCGUUCGACUGCAGCAACUACCAGUACCAGCUGCUGGACGCCAACGGCAAGGCCGACGACGCCGGCUACGAGCACGUGUACCAGAGCAUAUUCCUAGACAAGCGCAACCAGAACCUGUGGACGUGGAACGAGAUUGACGAGUCCAAGAUCAUCAAGAAGCAGUGGUGGCACCAGCUCGGUCACCGGUGGCAGCACUACCUUCGUGUCGUGCCCGGCAUGAUGUUUCUCAACGGAAGGAACAAGACCUGGUUCGCCGGUAGCUGGACGUUGGUGAACAUGCAUGAGCUUUCUUGCGUUAGUGGAAUCGCGGCCGCUUAUCGGCUUGGGGCCGACUACAGGAAGUUUGAUGACUUUGCCGAAAACUUCUUCAGCAAGUACUUGAUGCUCUCUCAUGGAGUAGUGUACAGCAUGGAGGAGAAGCGGAGGAAGAAGGCCGCGCCGAAGUCAUGACUGUGAAGAGAGCUCCUCGUCGCAGUCCUUGCCCUGGAAAACUAGUUGCAUGGUUUGAAUUUAGUAAUCAAAGGGGAUGUAAUUGUCAACAGAUGAGAAUCAAGACUAAACUUUAUGAGCAUAAAAGCGUUAUAUAGACGCUAGCAAUUAUGUUCUAAC